AUGCGUUGUAAUUACCGUUGUGUAACUUUGGCGGAGGAAAAGGAGAGAAAAGUUGCGAGGACAUCGAGGACAGACGGAAGGACUAGACACACGACAGAUGUGGCUGAGGUAAUGAUGGAGACAGAUGACAUACGGUCACCGCAACACUGUCAUCUACCCCACCGGACCGCAUCACAUGCCGAUUUACAUCUGCGUAUGUCCAUGUUCUUUGUCGGCGUGGAACCUCCCGAACUCCCGUCGAAGAGGAAAUAUCCUGGCCAGGGAAGCGUUUCAAGUCUAUAUGCUGGACUUUUUAAUGAUUCGAGAAAAUAA